UCCGUUUCUGAUGAAACCGGGGCGCUCGCUCGCUCGACCUCCCAGGACAUCACGAGACGGCUCGAGCUCUGGGCCGGGAGGCUCGGUCUGGAGGGCGGGACGACGUUCGAGACACCGCGCGCGCGCGCGCGCACGAGGACGAGCUCACCUUGGACGACCUACAGAUCACGUUUGCAAAGGGCAGCGGACCAAGGGAGUUGCGACAGGACGGACUUCGGUCUCUUGGAGGCUUUCGGGGCCGACUGACCUGAGAGGAGGAGGAGGAAGAGGAGGAGGAGGAGGGGGUGGUGGGGCACGCCGCAGUUUAUUUAUUUAUUUUGCCCUGAGUGGCUGCGUCAAGAGGAGCGCUCGGCAGGAGGAGGAUUACAUGUGGAGGGGCUUUUCUUAAAAGUUGCAGCACCGCCGCCACAUCGCAGCCGCAACGCAAACUGGCACGACUGUGUUUCACCUUAACUCGGAAGUUUUGUUUUUUAUUAUUAUUAUUAUUUUUUGGGGGGGAGGAGGAGGAGGACGGGGGGGCGGCGGCGUCGUUCACAUGAUGUACACAAUUACUAGAGGUCCCAGCAAACUUGUUACACAACGGAGGACAGGUCCCACGCAACAAAUCGAGAGUAAAAUCAACGAUUUGAAGUUCAAGCCCACGUCGUGGUUGGCGUCUAACUCUCCACCUCCCAAGAUAGUGUUCAAUCGGCUCAAUGGGAAGCGCUACCACACACCAGCUGCACAGAAGACAGACGGUCCCGCCGAGGGCUUCACACCUGCACAUGAAGAGAACGUCAGAUUUGUCUAUGAAGCAUGGCAGGAGGUGGAGCAGAAACUAGGACACAGUGAUGGAGACUGUGGAGAGUCAGCCGGUGGCCAGGGGCCCAUCCAGUACACAGAGAAGACCCCCAGUCCUGCGAUGAAGAACUUUGUGCCCAUUGACCUUGAGGAGUGGUGGGCCCAGCGUUUCCUGGCCAACAUUGCAAACCUGUCGUAAGCGAGCAAGGCUUUCGCCGGAGGAGGAGGGGAAGGGUGGAUGAAGUGUCUUCCACGCCAGGACGCCUCAUUGGCCCGGCUGUGAGCAAACCAAGAAUAUGAAAGUUUCAAGAAGGCAACGAGGAUGCUUCGGUGUAACGGGGGUCACGUGUACCACAGAAUCUGUGAUUUGAUGUCCUGCUGAAAUUGUGCUUCAUACUGCUGUAGAGAAAGCAGUUCGCGCAACACACUAAACUGCCUGGUUAUGAACUACAGUGUGGACCUGACGCCGGACUGCCAAGAUGCACCUCCAAGAUGGAAGCUCUGAGAAUUUCCUUCAGACCUUUUUAAGAAAACUUGUUCUUGUCUCAAGUGUGCACAGCUCAAGUAUGUAUUUCUUAGCUGACUUUUCGAUAUAAAAUUGAAUUGCAAAAAAAAGUAAAAACGUUUUUCAAGAGUU